AUGAUUUUCGGAAAGAAAAAAAAACCGUCCGACGCCGGAAUUCGGAUCCAGUCCGACAAGGGAUUUCGGUUGCCGUCCGACGCCGGUUGGCGGACCCCGUCCGUAAGCCAUCGUCGGACCGUCCUCCCCGUCCGCACGGCGAGCUCCUUCUUCGACGGCGACGACACCACCCGCGACGAGAUCCUUUCUCUUCCGCGUCAGCUAUUUGUGAGUGGGGGAGUGAGGGAUGAGGCGGCGGGACCAGGUCGCCGGUUGCGGGAGGAGGAGGUUGGUCGAUGCCGGUUGUGGGAUGACGGAGGAGUCCUUCCGGCGAAGAAGAGACGGCAGACGCUAGAGCCGGACGCCAGUUCCGGCAGUUACUCCGCACUUUGCCUCGACCAGUCAUUUCCACUCUUUCUGCCUACCUUACCCUUCAAUAAGCUUCUUUUGGCCAUGGUUGCUUCCGACAAAGGGGCAACCGAGAAAGCUGCUGCGUUUUCUGUCUUGUCUUUCUUCGUGGCUUCGGCACAGGAGGGAGAAGAUGAGGAAGAAGUGAAAAGAUUCUCAAGGAACCGAGUUUUCUUCAUGGGGAUCCCCAACUGUUGAUGACUUUGAGAAGUUGGAGCGAAUUGGAGAUUGCACCUUUGGGUAUUUUAUUGUCAAGUUUACAUUGCUCGUGAGAUAGCAACAGGAGAAAUAGUUGCUCUGAUGAAGAUAAGAAUGGACAAGAGAGAGAGAGAGAGAGAGAGAGAAGGGUCAAACCGGGCGAGUGCUGGAAUCAUGUCGGAGAUGUUUGGCAUCCCUAGUAGCACCAUGGAUUCACCUGCUACUUCUCGGAUCUGCGUGAACAACUUCUCACCUUCCUCUCCAUGUGUCGUGCUACCCCAUAGCAUGCUAAGAACAGUGUUCGAUAUGAUCAUAAACGUCAACUGCCCAAAGUCCAGAGCCUUACCUGUCUUCUGGUACACAUCCUUAAUAGCCUUCUCGGCAUACCGCUUUCUCAGCACGUAGGAAGCAUUGAGCCGGGCGCUGCUCAUUAGCUCUCGUACAAAGACCUUCCGCAGCUUUCUCCACUCGGUGCCGUAGGAGGAGAAAGCAAUGUCAUUCCCGCCGGCGGUAAGGAUUUUGGGAGCAAUGAGGGGAUCUCGAUCUGCGAAUGUUACGUCGUGGUCGCGGACUUGUUUGACCAGCGACGGUGAGCUAAUCACGAUGUAGAUUCUGUGUCCGAGCAAAAGCUUGUAGAUUGGGCCAUAAACUCGGGCAAGCUCUGUGAAGCUCUUAUGGAGAUGGGUGCCUAGAAAUGGCAAGUACCCGACUAUUGGCAAUCCGCGUGGGCCGGGUGGCAAUGGGGCUGUUUGUCGUCUCUUGUUGUUGCCUUUCUUCAUCAACCAGAACGCCAUGAUCGACGCUGCAACGAUGGCAACGAAAGCUCCGACGACUAGUUUCCCCUGCUGCAAAUCCUCCAUUCUCAACCAAGGUGAACUGUAGAGAAUUUUGGGGAGAGGGGAAGCUGGGAUGCAAUGCAAGUGAAAUGGAAGGAAUAGGUGGCUAUGACCAUUUAUAUGGGAUUUUUCUUUUCCGUUAAUGCUAUUGGAAUGAGGUAUGGAUAUUUGCUGUUUAUGGUUGAAGAAGGUGAUAGGGACUUGGUAAUUGCAUGGCCGCAUAUUUUUGAGAGCGUCACCGCCCAUUAGAUGUGAGCCAUGGAGUUUUUGGGUUUGGGUUGAUCAACCAAAGUCUACAAACUUCUUGUCAUCAUUAUUGAGCAUCACUGCUGGAUUCCGAGAGGUUAUUUCAUUUGGGGCCCACACUCCUUUGUUGGG